CGUUCCCUCUUCUUUCUACAACAACGCAACUCACAACAAACAGCGUUUACCUGCUUUGACACAAGAGCUGUAUUCAGGAAUGCGCUCGAACGUGAGACUUAAGUAUUUUAUUCCGUUGAAUUUGUAGGACUUCAAUGUCGAGUUCUCCCGAAUCCACGCUUUAAGGUCUUUGGUUCGUGCGCUUAACUCUGUUGCUUGUGUCGGAUCAGUUUACUAACUUGACAUAUCUGCAGAAGAUGCCAACAGUACGUUUUUCCUAAACACUGAGGUAGCUGGGCAAUGAUGUAGUUGUUCAGCCUCUCCAGCUGUCCACACCAUCUACCGAAUAAGCAGAGCUUUGAGUCAAUACUCCGAAGUGAUGGAUGAGGACACACCCACCCUUAAGCCCAGACGCAUCCAGAAUCAAAAUGUGGUCCAUCGUCUUGAGAAGCGUAGAGUCUGUUCGGGCCGACCAGGAGCUCAUUGGUACCGAGUACGCUGCUUCCACCAGAACCUGUUUCCCAACUUUACGGUAGUCAAUGUGGAAAAGCCUCCUUGUUUCCUGAGGAAGUUCUCACCUGAUGGACGCUGCUUCAUCGCUUUCUCAUCUGACCAGACAUCUCUGGAGGUUUAUGAAUACCAAGGCUGCCAAGCUGCUCAGGACCUGCUGAGAGGCCAGGAGGGUGAGACUCUUUUAACAGCCAACGACCAGCGCUCCCUCAAUAUCCGAGGCCGCCUAUUUGAACGUUUUUUCUCCUUGCUCCAUGUCACUAAUGUGGCAUCAAAUGGAGAGCACCUCAACCGCGAAUGUAGCCUCUUCACCGAUGACUGCCGCUAUGUCAUUGUCGGCUCAGCCGUGUAUGUCCCCGAGGAGCCACAACCAUACUUCUUUGAGGUUUAUCGCAACAACGAAUCUGUGACUCCUAAUCCUCGCUCCCCUUUAGAGGACUAUUCCCUCCACAUCAUCGACCUCCAUACGGGCAGACUGUGUGACACCAGGUCCUUUAAAUUUGACAAGAUCAUCUUGUCCCACAAUCAGGGCCUCUACCUCUACAGAAACAUCCUGGCUGUGCUGUCGGUCCAGCAGCAGACUAUACAUGUCUUUCAGGUGACUCCAGAGGGAACAUUUCUGGAUGUCAGGACCAUAGGGCGGUUCUGCUAUGAGGAUGACCUCUUGACUCUUUCGGCUGUUUACACAGAGACUCAGGCUGAGAGCCAGCCGGGCAUCCCGCGUCUCUACACAGACAAAACGAUCAACUCUCUUAAGCACAGGCUGCUGGUCUACCUGUGGAGAAAGGCUGAACAGGAUGGCAGUGCUACUGCAAAAAGGAGAUUUUUCCAGUUUUUCGAUCAGCUGAGAAGACUAAGGAUGUGGAAGAUGCAGCUGCUGGAUGAGCAUCAUCUCUUUAUUAAAUACACAAGUGAAGAUGUGGUUACGCUCAGGGUCACAGACCCCUCACAGCCGUCUUUCUUUGUUGUGUACAACAUGGUGUCGACCGAGGUGCUGGCCGUCUUCGAGAACACUUCCGAUCAGCUGCUGGAGCUGUUUGAGAAUUUCUGCGACCUGUACAGAAAUGCCACGCUGCACAGCCAGGCUGUCCAGUUCCCCUGUUCAGCUUCUUCAAAUAACUAUGCUCGACAAGUCCAAAGGAGAUUCAAAGACACCAUUGUGAAUGCCAAAUAUGGCGGCCAUACAGAGGCGGUGCGCCGGCUGCUGGGUCAGCUGCCAAUUAGUGCGCAAUCCUAUAGCAGUAGCCCUUACCUUGACCUGUCACUAUUCAGCUACGAUGACAAGUGGGUGUCCGUGAUGGAGAGGCCUAAGACCUGCGGAGACCACCCAAUCAGGUUCUAUGCACGUGACUCUGGCCUCCUGAAGUUCAAAAUCCAGGCGGGCUUGCUCGGACGGCCGGUCAACCACGCUGUGCGGCGCUUGGUGGCUUUUACCUUCCACCCUUUCGAACCCUUUGCCAUUUCUGUCCAGCGCACGAAUGCUGAGUAUGUGGUCAACUUCCACAUGAGGCAUGUUUAUGCAUGAAGAACAGGAGGACACAUUUCAAACAGACAUUUUUAGGUACAAAGAAAGGGGUGACGCUUCUUGAUGGGAACGGCCAUCAAUGUUUACGCCACCGCUCCCUCUUUGUUCAGCGGUCAGUUGGCCUUUUUCUCUGUAGUAAGGGCUCAAAUUUGCCUCCUCCUCCCCAGCCAAAACACUUAAAGAUGGAGAAGUAACACUCAAGUGGUGAUGGAGUUCUGCAAGAAAGUACUUGGAAACCGUCUCUCGCUGAGCUUCCAAGAGGAACCAAUGAUUGUUUAUACUGGGAAUUGUGCAUCAAAUGGUACGACAAGCACAUCAUUUUAUAAAGUG